AUGGAGAUAUUGGGCGCCGAGAGUAACGCGUACAAUGGAAGUCAAGAGACGCAUCAGGAUGCAGAGCUCGAUCGACUGGUUGCCAAUUUUCUCGAUCGCCAGACUGCCGCUGCAUCAGAGCGCUUGGGUGGCAUCAUAUUCAAGAAUCUGUCUGUCAUAGGCGCAGGAGUUGGGCGCCAACGGAUGUCCGAUGUUCCCGAAUCUCUACGACGUCUAGUAACGCUCGCCAGCCCGGUAACCUGGUUUUCGCGAAAGAAAACCACAUCUCGACCAAUUCUGCAGCGGCUGACUGGUUCAAUCCGUGAAGGGGAAAUGCUGAUGAUCGUGGGACGCCCGGGCAGUGGGUGCACCACCGUUCUGAAAGCCUUGUCGAAUAUGAGGGAUGAGUAUCUGGGAUUGGAGGGUGACGUCUGGUAUGGCUCGAUGGACGCCCCGACAGCCAGGCGACUUAGGCCCAACCAGCUCAUGUCCGAAUUGGAAAUGACCAUCUUCGUGGAGUCAGCGGCGGCCAGCGUCGUCGUGUCUCCCUCGCUGAGGCUCUCUGCACGCGUGCAAGGCAAGUCAUCAUCCGAUGCUUCUCACAACAAACGAUAUAGGCUGAUUUCUCUGUCACCUAGUCUUUUUUGCUUUGAUAAUCCUACUCGGGGGUUGGACUCUUCAACUGCCCUCCGCUUUCUCACUACCAUGCGCAAAUACACUACCCGCAGUCGAUGCAUGACCGCCAUGUCUUUGUAUCAAGCUAGUGAUGUUGCAGUUUCAAUGUUCGAUAAGAUCUUAGUUCUAAAUGACGGUCACAUCGCCUACUAUGGCCCGGCGACAUCAGCCAAAGCCUACUUUGAGUCCCUUGGAUUCUACUGCUCUCCGAGGAUUUCGGUUUCUGACUUCCUGGCAUCUAUGUCAGGGGAUCCGACAGGUCGGAAACCCCGGGAUGACCUUCAGAGGCCGGUGCCCGUUCAGCCCGCUGAUUUUGAGGCCAGAUUCAGAGAAAGCAGCUUCUAUCAGCAGACGGUGAGCGAGGCCGCAAAGCCACCUCAAGGAGCAGCAAGUGGGAAUUCCAGUGCAUCAGCAUACGCUUUGCCCCUUUACCGUCAGGUAUAUGAGUGUACAGUUCGCCAUUAUCAGAUUUUUCUGACUGAUCGGGCUGCCUGGAUUGCCGAGGCGGGCGGGACAAUCGUCCAAGCUCUGCUUCUAGGCACUCUGUUCCGAAAUCAGAGAGCCGUGACGGAAGGGCUUUAUACACGCGCAUCGGCGCUUUUUUUCUGCGUUUUGAUUAUGGGUUUGCAGGCUUCUGCCGAAUUUGGAAAUACAUUUGUUCAACGCCCGAUCUUGCUUAAGCAGAAGGCGUUGCGAUUCUACCGACCCGCGGCCUACGCGCUUGGUCAGAUCCUCGCCGACGUACCUUGGAAGUUUAUCUUCAUCUUGUACUCGCUGCCCAUCUACUGGAUGAUUGGCUUCCAGCGUACAGCGGGGAGCUUUUUCACAUGGCUGGUGUGCCUCUACAUGGGCCUAAUGGCACUGAGUGUCAUGUUUCGAGCCAUAGCUGUCUUCACAAAUUCCAUCAAUCGGGCCAUUCUUCCGGUUGGGCUCUUACUCAAUGUGCUAAUCAUCUACACAGGGUUUUAUAUCACACCUCCAGGAAUGAAGUUCUGGUUAUCUUGGAUCCGCUACCUUGAUUCCAUCGCUCUCAACGAGAUUGGGAGCGGUUCAUAUGCAUGCAGCCUUCAUGACAUUGUUCCUCGGGGUGAAUUAUACAAUGAGAAGAGCUUUCAGGCCUGUGCAGUGUCUGGGUCCGUAGCAGGUCAAUUGAACCUUUCUGGGAGACUCUAUUUGAUGGUUGAGUAUGGAUUUAAAGACUUCCACUUAUGGCGAAAUGUUGCAAUCAAUGCGGCCUUUUUCGUCUUCUUUUCAAUUGUGGUGACCAUUGGAAUGGAGCGGUUUCGCCAUUCAUCUGAGCAGAUGGCAACGAUCUUUUACCGCAAGCUGCCGUCGUGGGCGAACACCUCACCCACUCGUCCUGCGGAUACCGAAGAGCCACAGUAUGUCACUGACUCUAAAGAACUCAGACCCUCCUCCGACAGUGAGAUGGCCCCUAUCAGCUGUCUGAACAACACACAAAAUGUGUUUGCGUGGCAUGAACUGUCACUCGAACUUGAUGACAGAAGGCACCUCCUUCACCAAGUUUCAGGAUGGCUUCAACCAGGAAAGAUGACUGCAUUGAUGGGGAUGUCGGGAGCUGGCAAGGUAAGUUGUGCAAAUUAUUACAAACUACACUUCUCGAUACCCUGGCUCAGCGUAUCCAGAUUGGCCGCAUAUACUGGAGGUCUCUAUCUGAAUGGGCAGACGCUUCCAGCGUCAAUGGGCCGCCGUACAGGUUUCGUCCACCAGAAUGAUAUCCACCUGGCAUCGUCUACAGUGCGCGAAGCACUCCAGCUGAGCGCACGCCUCCGCCGUUCGGAAGCGGUUCCCUGGAAAGAAAAGAUGCAUCACGUGGAGUUUCUCAUCCGGCUCUUGGAAAUAGGAGAUAUCGCCGAAGCAAUCAUCGGGGUACCAGGGGCGGGAUUGAAUCUCGAACAGCGCAAGCGGGUCAGCAUCGGGGUUGAGUUGGCUGCAAAGCCGGACAUUGUUCUUUUCCUUGACGAGCCCACAUCUGGGUUGGAUGGCAAUUCAGCACUUUCCAUCGUGCAACUGAUGCGCAGGCUAUCUGAUGCCGGGCAGACCAUUCUCUGCACAAUUCAUCAACCGUCUGCGCAGAUGAUCGAACAGUUUGAUAAUUUGCUUCUGCUGGUCCCAGGUGGUAAAACCGUUUAUUUUGGCCCGUUGGGGUCUCAAUGCCAGACGAUAAUCGAUUACUUCGCUCGGUAUACGCGAUGCUGCCGGGAAACAGAGAAUCCAGCAGACUACCUUCUGGAAGUCAGUGCGGAGCCCGACGUUGACUGGUUUCAGACUUGGCAGCAGUCGCCCGAGUAUGCCUCUACCCAAAAGCAGCUUCAACACUUCCUCCAGUCACAGGAAGGAAAUGCUUUGUUUUCGUCAGGCUCUGAUCGAGCAUAUGCAGCUUCCUAUCUCGAGCAAAUUCGAGUGGUCACCCAACGGGCUUUCGCGAAUUACUGGCGCGACUCCGACUACGUGUUGGGAAAAAUCCAGCUCAAUGUCUGGAUGGGGCUGAUGAAUGGACUCACAUUUCUCCAGCUAUCCAACGAUCUCACUGACUCCCGCGGACGGAUGUUUUCUAUCUUCGUCGGAGUAAUCACCGGGCCCGUGCUCAGCCUCCAGAUCGAACCUCGCUUCAUCCUCCUGCGCGAUCAAUUCCUGUCACGGGAGAACGAGUCGCGUGUAUACCACUGGAGCGUCUUUACCGUCACUGCGCUACUGGUGGAGAUCCCGUUCACACUCCUUGGCGGGCUGAUAUAUUGGGUUCUCUGGUACUACAUGGUAGGAUACUUCACCAUCUCAACGCGAGCCGGUUAUGCAUUUCUCAUGUACGAGCUCUACUCGUUGUUUGUCGCAAGUAUCGCUCAAUUGACGGCCGCACUGUUUCCCACCGUCUUGGCCGCACAGGUGGCCACUUGA